UAUUCAGCCAGGAGGAAGCAGAGGAGGCGGAGGAGGAAAGCUCCAAGGGCGGCCAGCCAGCCAGAUACAACAUACAGCACCGAGAAAGAUUCUUUCCCCCUCAUCCUCCUGCCAUCCGCCGCCGGCCACCCAACAAUGGCGGCCACGCCCCUCGACUCCGCCUGGGAGUGGCUGAUCACCAACUUCAGCGAGUUCCAGCUGGCCACCGUCGUCACCUUCGUCCUCCACGAGAGCGUCUUCUUCCUCUCCGGCUUCCCCUCCCUCCUCUUCGAGCGCUUCGGACUCUUCGCCAAGUACAAGAUCCAGAAGAAGAGCAACACUUCUGCUUACCAGAACAGAUGUGUCAUGCGUCUCAUUCUCUACCAUGUCUGUGUGAAUUUGCCAGUCAUGAUUUUCUCCUAUCCUGCCUUUAAGUUCAUGGGGCUGAGGAGCUCACUUCCUCUGCCACACUGGACGGUCAUUGUAUCUCAAGUUCUUUUUUAUUUUAUACUCGAAGAUUUCAUAUUCUAUUGGGGGCACAGGGCUCUGCAUACCAAAUGGCUAUACAAGCAUGUCCACAGUGUGCAUCAUGAAUAUGCUACACCAUUCGGCUUAACUUCAGAAUAUGCACACCCUGCUGAAAUUUUGUUCCUGGGGUUUGCCACGGUUGUUGGUCCUGCCCUCACCGGCCCUCACUUGUUCACCCUUUGGCUGUGGAUGGUUUUGAGGGUGUUAGAGACGGUUGAAGCUCACAGUGGAUAUCACUUCCCUUGGAGCCCAUCAAACUUCCUGCCACUGUAUGGAGGCUCUGACUUCCAUGACUACCAUCAUCGUGUGCUCUACACCAAGUCAGGGAACUACGCCUCUACUUUUGUUUACAUGGACUGGUUGUUUGGCACCGAUAAGGGUUAUCGCAAGACAAAAGCCAUUGAAGGGGAAGAAGGGAAGCAUUUGUAAAUUGUGGAAGCUACUCUCUUUUCUCCGAGUCAACUCAUCAGAACUAGUUUUUGAUCUCUUGUAUUGGUGAUGACAUUGUCUUCAUGGGAGGAGAUACAUGCGGCAUUGAUCCUUAGGCAUGGGCCGUCGAUCCUACAUGUCGUUGAGUCUCUGUUCUCCCAUAUUUGCUAGCAUGAUGAGAUCAUGUGUUGUGUAGGCCAACUUAUAUAAUUUGUGGUGAAUUAAAUUUGUUGUGCUCUGUUGGGGUUUGUUUUGGACAUAUGCCCAUGGCAGAAGUAACUAUUUGAAGCAGCAAUAACUUGUCAGAUUA